GCACUCUCAACUGGGCGCCCUCAAGCUUCUGCUUCAUUGCACUGGCUCUGACCCGGCCCAAGCAGGCGUCGGGAGCGCGGCCGCAGACAGGUCCCAGACUCUGCGGGAGGGCAAGCUGAUUAGCAUCCUUCCAGGAACUCCCGAGUACUCGGGGCAACCUCGUGCAGCGAAUCUUUUCUGGGGUGACUUUGCACCGGCAAGAGCCUCGCGGGCAGGCAAAGAUGCCGAAGCUGCAGGCCAGGCCAGUAUCAGUGAAGCGCAGCCGGCAGCCUUGGCUGGUCUGCUGCCCCGCUUGAGAUGCGCAAGCACUUUCGUGAAUGCCUUGUAUGAUUGCAAGAGCAACGUUGCAGCGUGCAGAUCAUCGCUAGCCUUUGCGAAUUUGCAAAAGGCUUUGUCAGAAGAAUCGAAAGUCCUCAGUCGACGCACUAUCUGCGGUGGGGCUGCAGCUGCGAUGACUCCUGCGGAGGAGGACUUCUUGCUGGCAGCAUAUCGCGUGCUGCAGUCACGGGGCCGAGACACUAGGUCCAUGGACGAAAAGGCCGGGAAACAGAAGAGUUCGGCGCGCUAUAGCCGGGAUUCACGUUUGCUUAUCCCAUGGGCAGAAGAGACGGAUGUCGUCAUACCGAGCGAGAUGAAACUGGACGCCUUGACAUCCAGGCGAGAGCUUCUUCAAGAGCUGGAGCUGUCGGAGGACAGCGAUGCUGCUUGCUUUCUGAUGGACUUUGUGGAGCCCUUCAGCAAGGGCUGCUUCACUUAUGCUCCGCUCAUGGAGGCUUUGCAGGCGCCAGAAGACAACGAGACGCAAGCGCCAGCCCCAGCAGCUGCAUCGGGCUACGGCGUCGCCAGAGGAGACAUGGUGGAGGAUGCUGCGCAGACAUCAUCUGGCUAUCCGGACCCCUUGCAGAACACGGCUGCAAUCGAUGCUGGACCAAGACCAGGAGGAAGCUCGCACUUCCCAUUUCCCACAUCGCCUUCGGGUAUGAGUCCGACCGAUGAGAGGCCCGCGGCGAUGCAGCCUUCGCCAAGGGCAGCAAAUCCGACCAAGGAGGCCUUGCAAACCGAUCCCCCUGCAGAGGUUGUCGACGAGGCAUUUUGGCAGAGGUGCGGACCCUCAAUUCAACGUCUCUUCUUCCAGUGGGAUUGCAACCAGUUGACAAAUCCGGCCUUCCAGGGGCAUAUGCAGCGGUUACUGGGCACAGGCGUGGAUAUCAGUCAUCCCGAGAGCGAGUUCCUUCGAUUGAUCAACAAGCAUCUGUCCGCACGUACCAUGAAGUUUGCUUCGUUGAUGUCAGCACUCCGACGCGAUGCACACAACACGGCCGCCAGGCAGACAGGGGGCUCCUGCGUCUAUGCCGCCAGCUCCUAUGCAGGGUCAGCUUACGAACCAAGCGAAGCUGGCUCGGAGGCGUCUGCAGCUGGCCGCCCCUCGCUAGGCUUGGAUGGUUUCUCGCGCGGCGGACGCAGGCACUUCAACACCCGAACUGACAAUGCUGUGCUGCCAAAUGACCCUCCACGGACGCUUGGCCGGCUGCCUGAAGAGUCGAUCGCUCAACAGGAGGGCCGUCAGGGGCACGCAGCAGAAAGCCCUGGUCCUUCUACGCCGGAGCAGCAGGUUGACAUCUUUGGCCGAAGGAUCGCGUAUCCUCUGAAUCGGCCUCACUCUCGACCGGAUCCAGAUUCUGUCAGUGUCGUCUCUGCUGCGCAAAGCAUUACAAGCGAGGCGGAUCAGCAGAGAGAGGUCUUCUCAUACCGCAACCGAAACGGUCAUGGGAACAUACUCGCUUGGGACGUGGAGAGCAGGGCAGUGACUCCUCCCCAUCAACGGCAGGGCCGACACAUGGCAACAGACCCGGAGAAGGGCAUACCAAGGUUGCAUGUCUCUUCGGGGAUCUUCUCUUGA